AUGCAAGACGAUUUUGAUCAGUAUGAACAAGACGAUAAACGACGUGCGGUUAUGGGACGAUUGGCAUUUGAAAAUUUUGCAGUUCCAGAAGAUGUAGUAUUCUCUGACAAUGAAUUACAAGUACCAGUCGAAUCAACCAAACAACGUCGAUUCUGUUGUAUGAAUCCACUCAGUGGCCGAAAACGUUCUGUACGAGAUCUAACACGAAAACAACUCGAAAAAAAACAAAUCUAA